GGAUCGCGGGAGCCGGGCCCGGCCGGGCGGAGGCGAGAUGUCGGGGCUGCUCCACACCACGCUGAGCGGGCUCAACAGCGACUCCUACUGCGAGAUAAGCCAGUACCGCGACCAGCACUUCCGGGGUAGCAGGCAGCUGCAGGAGAAAUCCCUGAAAAUUUCCUCUACGCUCUAUGUUGGCAACCUGUCCUUCUACACCACCGAGGAGCAGAUCCAGGAGCUCUUCUCUAAGUGUGGAGACGUCAAGAGGAUUGUCAUGGGGCUGGACAAGAUCAAGAAAACCCCCUGUGGCUUUUGCUUUGUCGAAUACUACACAAGAGCAGACGCUGAACACGCAAUGCGAUUUAUCAACGGCACACGACUAGAUGACCGCAUUAUUCGAACUGACUGGGAUGCAGGGUUUAAGGAGGGGCGACAGUAUGGAAGAGGAAAGACCGGAGGACAGGUGCGAGAUGAAUACCGGACAGACUACGAUGUGGGAAGAGGUGGCUUUGGCAAGAUCAUUCAGAUGCAGAAGGCAAAUCAUCAGCCUGCAAUCUAUUAAUUGCCUCAUGGGUCCUAGCUCGUAGAGGACUCUGUCCUUCCAGAGCUAGCCCUAUUCUCGCAUUUUGGAUUGGGGUAGGGAGUGAGAUCCAAGUUCCAGCAAAAGGUGACCCUCCUUAGACUGUGGAUAUACAUGUAUUCAUUCCCCCUUCCUUCUGGGCUAGAGAGGAUGUUCUGUGCUGAUACAGGGCAACAAGGGAAAAAAAAAAAAAAGGACAGCUCUGCAGGAUUCUGGGUAAGAAGAAACACAGCAUGUCACACGGACCUCGUGCUAUGACAUACUCUUCACGUUGCAGCUAAGCAGGUGUCUUCCUCCAAGCUGCGACUGCAGCCGUGGUUGCUCUCAAAUGGAACUUCUUAAAAGCUUACCACCAUCGGAGCCGUCCAGGUGCCUGGGCACCUUGUGGGGAUGCACAAGAGAUUCAGGUUUCUAAUUUACAACCUCAUCUGCUUACAAAGCAGUAUCGCUGAUUGGAUGAGAGAAAUGGAACAAGGUCUUACCAUCCACUUGGAGGUGUUUGUCUGCAUAUCUAGCCCUUGGGUUGGUCAGGGCCUGCAGAGCAUUUCUCUUUAUGAUGCCCCCAGUGCUGCCUGGCUUUUCAGAUCCUCAUUGUUCGGCGUGAUUUUGUUAAAAGUUUCUUUUAAUUUUUUAAAUAAACAGUUGUAUUGGGUCUGGCCGAGAUGGAGUUAAUUUUCCCCCAGCAGCCCUCAUAGUGCUGUGCUUUGUAUUGGUAGCUAGAAAGGUGUCGAUAACACACCAGUGUUUUGGCUACUGCUGAGGAGUGCUCCCACAGCAUCAAGGCUGUCUCCAGUGUUUCCCACCCUCACCCAGUAGGCUGGGAUUGGGCAAGAUCUUGGGAGGGGAGAGAGCCAGGACAGCUGACCCAAACUGACCAAAGGGAUAUUCCAUACCAUAUGACAUCCGCUCAGCAAUAAAAGCUAACAGAAAGGAGGAGGAGGGGCAGGGGCAUUCGUUAUUAACGACGUUUGUCUUCCGGAGCAACCACCAUGCAUAGUGAAGCCCUACUUCCUGGGAAGUGGCUGGACGUUGCCUGCUGAUGGGAAAUAACUAAUCUUUCGUUUUCCUUUGCUUCCAUGCGUGGCCUUGCUUUUGCUUUAUUAAACUGCCUUUAUCUUGACACAUGAGUUCUUUUCCAUCUUAUUUUCUCCCUCUCUGUCCUGCUGAGGAGGGGAGCAAUAGAACAGCUUGGUGGGUACCUGGCAGCCA